GUUCUUGGGCUAUUUGCCCCUAAAUCCAGUCUUAGAGUCAACUGAGAGAUACUGGAUCCUGGCCUUGGAGCUUAGAAACUACAUUACCCAGAAGGCCACGCAUGGAGUGGCAUCAGGCUGAGCCAAUGGAGGGUCAGAGAAGGCAUUUCUGUUUGGCCGCUUCUUUAGGGCGGGAUCGGGAGUCCUUGUGGCUGGAUUUCCUCUUCUCAGGUUUUUGGUCAGGCGGUGAGGUUUUCGGUGUCCGCACUCCCGUGAAGUAGGCCACAGAGUGGUGCUCCCCGUCACACAGCCCAUGGUCGGAGCUUCCAGUGGUGCUCACAGCUCCCACGUGGGUUGAAGCUCCGAGUCGCCACACGAACACACGCCAGGGCCGGGUCAGGGACCGCCAUUCCUGCAGCAGGUUCAACUCCCGCCGCUUCCGCUCCGCUCACCCCCCAGAGUGCAAUGGCGGCGCCCCCGCUGAGGAGACAGUCUGAGGUUGGCGUGACCUUUGAGGACAUUGCCCUGUACUUCUCCAGGGAGGAAUGGAGCCUCCUUGAUGAGGGUCAGAGACAGCUGUACCUGAAUGUGAUGCUGGAGAACUUUGAACUUCUAUCCUCCCUGGGUUGCUGCUGUGGAGCAGAGCAUGUGGAGGCACCGACGGAACAGAAGGUUUCUGUUAGAGUGUCACAGGCAAGGAAUCCCAAGGUAGCCUUGUCUUCCCAGAAGAGCCACCCGUGUGAGAGUUGUGGGCUCGUCUUGGGAAACAUUUUCUACGUGCUGGAGCUGCAGGGAACACAACAUAGACAGAUACUGUUGAGGUGUGGGGCAUGUGCAAAAUGGUUUUACUUCAGUGUAAAAUUUCACCAAUGGCAUGUGAGAGAGAAGACUUUCAUUAGAGGUGUGGACAGGAUCUCACUUGCAAACAGCUGCAAUUUCAAUGUGACCCAGAAGCGUUUCACCUGCAGAAAAGUUGGGCAGGGUGUCCUUACCAAAUCAGGAACUCUCCACCUAACGGCUCCUCAGUCCAUGGACAGUCCCAAUGCUAUUUCAACACGUGGGAUGAUGUUUCAAAGGAGAGAAAAUUGUUACACCAGGAAAGAAUGUAAGGAUGACAUUAAUCGCACCCACAUUUUUAUUCAGGAGAAGAGUGUCCAUGUUGGAAGUCGAUGUUUUGUGUGCUCUGAAUGUGGAAAAUCUUUUACAACUAACUCUCACCUUCAUAAUCAUCAGAGAGUUCAUACGGGAGAAAAUCCUUAUAAAUGCUGUGAAUGUGGAAAGUCUUUUACACAUAGCAUUGGUCUCCAGUAUCAUCAGAGAGUUCACACUGGAGAAAAGCCUUAUCAAUGCAGUGAGUGUGGAAAAACUUUUACAAAUACCAGAGGUCUCCAAUAUCAUCAGAGGGUUCACACUGGAGAAAAACCUUAUCAAUGCAGUGCAUGUGGGAAAUGUUUUAUUACUAAGACCCACCUUCGUACUCAUGAGAGAGUUCAUACUGGAGAAAAGCCCUAUAAAUGCAGUGACUGUGGAAAAUCUUUUACUGCUAGGGCUACAGUACAAUAUCACCAGAGAAUUCACACUGGAGAAGAGCCCUAUAAAUGCAGGGAAUGUGGGAAAAGUUUUACAAGUAUCAAGGGUCUCCAGUAUCAUCAGAAAGUUCACACUGGAGAAAAACCUUAUAAAUGCAGUGCAUGUGGCAAAUGUUUUAUUACUAAGACCCACCUUCGUAGUCAUCAGAAAGUUCAUACUGGAGAAAAGCCCUAUAAAUGCCGUAAAUGUGGGAAAUCUUUUAACACAUGCACUGAUCUUUGUCCUCAUCAGAGAUUCACACAGGAGAAAAGCCUUAUCAAUGCAGUGAAUGUGGAAAAACUUUUACAGGUACCAGAGGUCUCCAAUAUCACCAGAGAGUUCACACUGGAGAAAAACCUUAUAAAUGCAGUGCAUGUGGGAAAUGUUUUAUUGCUAAGACCCACCUUCAUAGUCAUCAGAGAGUUCAUACUGGAGAAAAGCCCUAUAAAUGCAGUGACUGUGGAAAAUCUUUUACUGCUAGGGCUACAGUACAAUAUCACCAGAGAAUUCACACUGGAGAAGAGCCCUAUAAAUGCAGGGAAUGUGGGAAAAGUUUUACAAGUAUCAAGGGUCUCCAGUAUCAUCAGAAAGUUCACACUGGAGAAAAACCUUAUAAAUGCAGUGCAUGUGGCAAAUGUUUUAUUACUAAGACCCACCUUCGUAGUCAUCAGAAAGUUCAUACUGGAGAAAAGCCCUAUAAAUGCCGUAAAUGUGGGAAAUCUUUUAACACAUGCACUGAUCUUUGUCCUCAUCAGAGAGUUCACUCUGGAGAAAAGCCUUAUAAAUGCAGUAAAUGUGGAAAAUCUUUUAAACGUAGCAGUGGUCUCCAAUUGCAUCUCAGAGUGCACACUGAAGAAAGACCUUAUCUCAGCAGUGAAUGUGGGAAGUCUUUUAUCACUAGCUCUGAACUUCAUUGUCAUCAGAAAUAUCAUACUGGGGAAAAUCUUUAUAAAUGCAGUGAAUGUGGAAAGUAUUUUAAAAGUCGCAGUGGUUUCCAAUAUCAUCAUCAGAGUGUUCACACAGGAGAAAAGCCUUAUCAAUGCAGUGAUUGUGGGAAAUGUUUUAUUACUAAGACCCACCUUCGUAUUCAUCAGAGAGUUCAUACUGGAGAAAAGCCUUAUAAAUGCAGUGCAUGUGGGAAAUGUUUUAUUACUAAGACCCAACUUUGUAUUCAUCAGAGAGUUCAUACUGGAGAAAAGCCUUACAAAUGCAGUGAAUGUGGGAAAUCUUUUAUCACUAAAACCGACCUUCAGAGUCAUCAGCGAAUUCAUACAGGAGAAAAGCCUUAUAAAUGCAGUGAAUGUGGGAAAUCUUUUAUCACUAAAACCUGCCUUCGUAGUCAUCAACGAGUUCAUACAGAAGAAAAGCCUUAUAAAUGCACUAAAUGUGGAAAAUCUUUUAAACGUAGGAGUGGUCUCCAUUAUCAUCGCAGAGUGCACACUGCAGAAAGACCUCAGCAGUGAAUGUGGGAAAUCUUUUAUUACUAGCUCUGAACUUCAUUGUCAUCAGACAUUUCAUACUGGGGAAAAUCUUUAUAAAUGCAGUGAAUGUGGAAAGUAUUUUAAAAGUCGCAGUGGUCUCCAAUAUCAUCAUCAGAGCAUUCACACAGGAGAAAAGCCUUAUCAAUGCAGUGAAUGAGAGAAGUCUUUUAAAACUAGGACUGAACUUCACAAUCAUCAGAGAGUUCAUUCAGGAGAGAACACUUAGAAAUGCAGUGAAUGUGGGAAAUCUUUUACAAGUAGCAAUAGUCUUCAAUAUCAUCAGAGAGUUCAUACUGGAGAAAGCAGUUAUGAGUGCACUUAGUGUGAGAGUGGGGAGCCGGCAUGGCCAUGGCAUACUCAGCCCCAGUGUGCCUUAUUUACCAUGCCAGCUCAGCCUGGGUCAGUGACCCUGAGUUGGGGCGAUGAAAGUAUUAAGAAAAGACAGAAGAGAAUGAAAGCUGGGUCUCGGUGUGACGCUGCCCUCUGGGGUGGAGAGAGACAGUGCCAACGCCCACAAGCCGUGUCUUUAUUUUAUAGCAGAUGCCACGAGGCAAAGUAAAGGCAUGAU